AUGGAAGAAAACAAAUCCGAGGUUCAAGAAAGUCUAGGUGGAAUAAGUUACAAGGAAAUGGAGGAAAAUAUGGGUACACCCGAUGUUCACAGCGUGGGAGUGAAAAUUGAGAGGGCUAGAGAGAUUUACAAAGCAUAUGCUGGGGUUGAAGAAAAACCCGCAAAAAGUGAAGUUUUGGGAUGGUAUUUUUAUGGACUUUGUUCCUACUUUGUUCACACAGUUCUAAUUCCUAUUGUGUUCCCUCUGAUCAUCAGCCAGACGGUGUCCGACCCACCGGAGCCGCCGCAAGGGUGGUCGAAGAAUUACAUGGGCUUGAAGUGCAAGCAGAACCAAACACGACUGUAUGAAGGCCUAAUACACAGAUCAAUCAGUAACUCAAGUUUCUCCCCAUUGGAGUGGACAUCAAUUUCUUGGGCUGGAGGACUCAUAUUUUCAGCACCAAUUCUUGGAAUCCUCUCAAUCCUACUCGAUUAUGGCCAUAACCAGCAACUCAUAGCUGGUGUAGCAAUCGCCGUUGGAGCCAUCUUCUGCCUCCCUGCCGGAUUUGUCCAAAAAUCAUGGAUCUUUCCGCCGUAUGUUGCUGCCAUAGUUGUCGCCAACACAAUCGGUGCAGCCGCCCACGCCCGCCACCUCGGUCUCAUGAUCCGGGGACACAUUGGCUUGACCAUCAGGAAAAGCCAAUUCCCAGAUAGAAAAACCUUUGCUAGUUGGCUCUCACUUUAUUCCACCGCCUCCGGCUGCCUUGGAGCCGCCAUUUUAUCUUCGUUUAUGUACUACAUGCUCCGAAAAUCCGAUCAUUUCACUGCCUUAUGGGUGGUUUCCAUUUUCAGUGGCCUAACAUGGGGAUUGGGGAUGGCUCAUAUCUUCAGUACAAAUAGAUUCACAUCAAGUUCAACCACUUCAUCAUCCUCAAAUUCUAUACCAAAAACCCAUGUCAUAUCAAUAUUCAAGUACCCUCAUGCCGCCGGAAGUCUUGUUGGAGUUUUUCUUUCAUCUUUCACAACAAUGUGCAUUUUCGCUGCCGGUGUACUCUACGCAACAGGCUACCUUUGUGUAAAACCAGUAACUUUAUUAUAUCUGUGGCUGACAUAUUUCAUGUUCCCUUUGGUUUCUCUUCCAUUGGCUCAUCCAUUGCAGCAGCUUAUACAAGCAGACGCCGUGAAAAUGCAGCUUCUAGGGUUUUCACUGUCGAUACUUACUUCUGGAUUUGGAUUUUAUUAUAGACAAGACAAUUGGCAUAAACACCAUUUGCUUGUUUUCACUGGAAUCCAUAGCACUGCCACAGGUUUGCUACAUGCAUUUGGAAGGGUUCUUUGGUUGGACUGUUCGCCCGCAGGGAAAGAAGGCGCAUUUUCUGUGUGGUUUUCAUGGGUGAGAGCGCUUGGGACCUGCGCUGGAUUUGCACUGGCGACGGCGUUGCCGGGAAACAUUGGAAAAGCAUUUGGAACUGCAUUUUGUGCCGGAAUUGUUGGGAUGGUAAUUCUCAUAUUUGGGAAUAUUAGUAGCUUCGGAGGAGCCAAAGCUGCUGGCCAUGUAAUAAAAAGUGAGAAGGCUUCGCCAGUGCAUGGAUUGGAUAAUGGUGGCGCCGCCGAUGUUGAUGUGAAGGCUGCACCGGGGACGGUGGAUGUUUGA